AUGGCUAAACAAGAGUUGGAGAAAGAGCAGGAGGAGAAGAAGAAGAAUGGCACAAAAGAGAGGCCUAACAAGAAGGAAGUCAUCAUCACCGUCUAUGUUGAAUCACCAUCACCAUCAUCAGCUUCCCAUUCCCAUCAGAAAACUGAUCAGUUUAAGAAGAUUAAGCCCAACCAGAACUCCCGGAAGCCUCAUCAGAUGGCGAAAACAGGAGGCUAUGAUCGCCGGGCUCACCUCCUUGCUUAUGCUCAAGAGCUAAGAACAACUGGUGGUUCCCAACAGGUGCAAUGGCCUAAGAGUGGUUCAAAGCCUAAGCUGAGGGUGGGUGGCAAAAGGUUCACAACUCCAGUGACACUCAGAAGAACAAAAAACAAAUGGAGAUAUCAGCGCUUAGUGCCAGAAGUAGACAUAUCGUGCAAUCCCAAAUCCAUUAUUUGCAGGAACAAAAAGGCCACUGGAUCAGAACCCAAUUCUAACUUUUUGAGGAAAUUAAGGGGUGUAGUGAGAGGAUUGUCAUGGCACUGCAACAAAGGGUCCAAAGUGGCCGAGAAAAAUCAUGCUGUUUGAUCUGGGUUGUUCAAUUACUUUG